AUGGCUACGCCCAUCAUUGAAGCCCGAUCUCUCUCGUCGCUUACCGCUCUUGCUUCCAACCCACCAGCUUAUCCAAGGAAUCCUACUCAUGAGAGGCAUGAGCCACUAGUACUGUAUAUCGCCCGUGUUCCUGGCAGCAGAGAUGUCUUCUUAUCUCCGAUGAAGCCGCGGGAAAAGGUGGUAACCGCAGAAGACAUACAGAGCUCACUCUAUUUCGUUCACGUUGAGCAACCAGAAGAUGCCUAUCUUGUCAACCCUCCUGGAUCUCAGGAUUCAGAGUAUACACAGCAGAGUCAAGAUUCUUUCAACUCUGUCUCUACACCUAUCGUGCCCAGGAAAGCGGUGCCUGGCAUAACUACAGCUCCUGUCCGAAAACCUGUUCCUAGCACUCUCGCAUCCAUAAACAAGUAUUCAAACAAUCAGAACAUCGAUGCGGGAAAUUAUGCGCGGAGGUCUGCGAUGCUCGCUCCAGAACUCAGCGACAGCCCCCGACGGUCAUUCGAUUCCAGCCAGCAGAACCAAGAAAAUCGAAGGCCGAUACCUUCACCGCGCAGACGAUCCGAGAACCCAUCGCGUUCUAGUGCGUCUCUCACCCUAAUUCGGCGUGAUCCUGCGUCCGGUGCGCAAUGGAACGUUGCUCGCAUUGAAGAUCCGCCUGUUCUAGAUGUUUCUUCCCCGACAUCCAGCGAUCCUAGCAACAAGAAAAAGAUUGGAGCACCAAUGUACAUCGACGUAUUCAAUCCAGGUUACUCCAAGUUUCUUCAUUCCGACACAACUGGCAAGCCUCUCCUGACAAGUCGGGAUAGUGGCACAUCUAUCCAAUCAUUCCAAGCAGGGAAUCACCCGUCAGCGAAUGAGAACGUGUUCCGCCGACGAAUCUGGAUGGAAGGGUCACAGCAUACAGGUGGCUUUGGCCACAGAAAACUCAACUCCCAUGAUUACAACAACGGGCGUCCUGAUUCUAGAGGUAAUCAUUAUGCGCAGACCAACUCUGCAUCGACGGAUGUGCGGGCUGCUCCCACUCCCCCAUUCACGACACGGGAAGACCAGACGUACAGUAGCAUUCAAGUCUCUGACAGACAAACGAGUUUCCGUGGUUACGUCUUUACAAGUCCGUGGAACGGCCGAUGCGAGUUUGUCACAGGGAUAGGUGGAGGAUCGUUAAAGUGUCGACAUGUUGUCCCGGGACUUCAAGGAGCUCCACCCACAGCCAUGACGGUUAGUGAAGUAAGAUUCAACCUUCCGAGUAGUUCGAAAGGUACUACGCCUCGAGGUGAGGAAUCUUCAAAACGCUCGUCGUUCUUUCGUCGAGGGCGUCACAGUCGCAACAACUCGUCUUUGUCACUCAGCCGUAAUGAAGAAAUCGAAGAUGCUAGAAACUCGUUGGACCGUUUGGAUCUUUCUCUAGGCCAGGAGUUCGCGGGUGGUGGUUUCGGUGGCAAGCAAGCAAAGUUGGGCAAGAUCAUCCUGGAAGAUGAGGGCCUGAAGAUGAUGGACUUGCUAGUCGCGGCGAAUAUGGGACUAUGGUGGAGGGCUUACGAGAAAGCAAGUGGAGGCUCCACGGGUACUCUAUGA